AUACCGCGCUUAGUGUCUAGCAGAAUGUUUACUUUGAGAUCUCUUCACCAUCGUAAAGUGAUGUUGUAUUCCUCUCCACUCGUUAUAUGUAUUAUAAUUUAUAUUUUCAUAUCCUUCGGAGCAUAUUAUGUGGACUCACAAAAAAACAUUUUGCCUGCUGGGCCUUCAAAAACAAACAUCAAAAAGGGAGAAACGCCUAUAGAUGAUGAACCUCCUGAUGCACAUAAAAUCCAGAAUAGGGCUGCUGAUGACCAACAGCAAAUCAAAACAUUAAAGGGUCGAGUGAACAUGCACAUUUUUGAAGACUGUUGCGGUGGAUCCCUUGAACAACUUAGGAAUAACCUGCUCUAUCCGCUAUUUCCCAAUGUGCGUACUACAGUAAGCAGACUUGCUAUUUCCCCCCAUUGGAGCAAUUACGGUCUGAGAAUCUUUGGCUACCUCCAUCCUGCAGUAACUGAUGAAUAUAUUUUUGCUGUUUCCUCUGAUGAUAACUCAGAGUUCUGGCUCAGUGUAAAUGAAAGUCCAGAAAACCUUCAACUUCUCGUCUAUGUUGGUGAGACAGGAAAUGAAUGGGCCGCUCCAGGCGAGUAUUGGAAAUUUGCAUCCCAGAUAUCCAAACCUGUCUUGUUAGUGAAAGACAUGAAAUAUUUUUUUGAAGUCCUUUUAAAACAGAAUACCGGAAUGGAUCAUCUGGAAAUAGCUUGGAGUUUAAACCGUGACAAUGGCACUUUUUCUGUGAUAGCCUCUGAGUUUUUGUCAUUGUAUGAAGAUGAAUCUUCUCUACAAAUGGGAGAUAUUGAUCACAUACCUCAGACAAAAGCAAGUUAUGAUAGGCUCCUUGAGCCGAUUCCCAUGUCACACCAUACUGCAGGAGACAUGAUCAGAGAAGACCCACGUGAUCACCCCUAUAAAUACAAGUUGCUAGAUGAAUCUCAGCUGAAAGACUUGUUUCGCGAAUGCCAUUACAGUCCAAGUUACAUACUCAAAGGACAAAUUGGACGAUAUCAGGGUGUGAAUAUGAUUCAGCUUUCUUCAGUGUUUCCAAAUGACUACACAAGGCAAACGACUGCAAUAGAUGAUGAAAUGUGCUUCUACAGACAAGAUACAUCAUUUCAGGCAGAUAAAGGACUUGCUUCUUAUCUGACUGAGGUUGAAGACCCUGAUGUAAAAAAGAUAGAUACAGAUGAAGGUCCUUUCUGGCAGCGCGUCUAUGACGUGAAACCCCUCAAUGUUGCUUCAAAACAAACCAGCGUUGUGGUAGAUUCCUGCAAAACAUCUGGAAACGUUGUGAUGUCCCAAAGUCAUGCCAUGCCCAUCGUUAGAGCUUUUUUAAAAGCACUGCAUUCAAGAGAAGAGACACGUAGCUACUCCCUGUUGCAUGUCGUGAAUGUUGUAAGGCGUGAAGACAAGGAUGUGGGCAGCCGUUAUCUGGUGGAACUUGAACUUGUGGGCCCGCAGGGUCAGAAAGUUCUUGUUUCGCGUUACGUUUAUGCACUAGCUGGGCAUUUAGAAGAGCCACCUUUGCUCUGCAGUCCCAAAGCAUUCAGCUGGAACCCAUCUGCUACUGUUCAUAUUAUUGUGGCAGUGAAAAAUCAGGCUAGAUGGAUCAUACAGUUCAUCAGGGAAAUGGAAAAAGUGUACAGAGCAACUGGGGACAAAAACUUUAAUGUAAUAAUUGUAGACUACAGCAGCACUGACAUAGAUAUUGAGAAAAGACUCAAAAAGGCAAAAUUACCAAGUUACAAGUUUAAGAAGAUGGAUGGUAAUUUUCAAAGAUCAGGUGGCCUUCAAGCUGGAAUAGAUCUUGUUGAAGAUGAGCACAGUAUAUUGUUCCUCUGUGACCUGCACCUCUACUAUCCUGUGAAUAUAAUAAACAGUAUCCGAAAACACUGUGUUGAAGGAAAAAUGGUCUAUGCUCCAAUUGUGAUGAGACUGAAUUGUGGUGCUUCUCCAAGAGCCCCAGCUGGUUUUUGGGAGGCUGCUGGUUACGGUCUGAUGGGAAUCUACAAGUCAGACAUGGACCGUAUUGGUGGCAUGAACACCAGAGAAUUCACAGACAAAUGGGGUGGUGAAGAUUGGGAGUUAUUAGACAGAGUCUUAGGAAAUGGAUUAGAGGUGGAACGACUCCACCUCCGCAAUUUUUUCCAUCAAUUUCAUUCCAAACGUGGAAUGUGGAAAAACAAUUAAGGCUAAAGCAGAUGUUUUUUUUUUUUAUAUAAGUAUAGGUAUACCUUGCCCACAGCCGAUUUCAUUGGUCAGUCACACAACUCAAUGACGCAGUGAUCUGUCAAGAAAAGACUUCAUGGAUUCUCAGAAAAACCAUGGAUGGAUCUGAUUGUGACAAACAGUAUUGCUAGCUGUAACGAUAUGCUAACAACACUAUACUAAGGGUUAAAUUAUGUUCAGAGGUUAGCAUUUGUUUAAGCGUUGUGUAGACAAUCAGCUCUGUGCCUGACACGAACAUUGAAAUCUUUAGAAAUGGCUGCGGAGGUGGAGUUUCACUGGUUUAGUGGGGAGAAAAUGCUAGCACUGAUGGCAGCCUUUACUAGCAGAUUUAUUAUUGGCCUUUGAAUGAAAUUGUUAGAUAACUGAAGUUUAAGUCAUAUUCAAGUCUCAUACCCUGGAAAAAUAACGACAUACAAACAUUUGAGGGCUAAGAUUUAUCCUUUGUUAGCAGUUAUUUAUUGAGCUUCGACACAAGUUACACAUCUGUACAUCCAGAUCUGUUUUUGUUAUAUGUUUAGCAAAUGACCUUGGGCACAAUGUUGUAAUGAACCCCAGUGUUGAAAAUCUACUAUACUCAAAAAACACUUGGAGUCGAUAAGCUGUCAUAAUGUUUUUUAAAGAAGUCUUUUGUAUGCUCACCAAGGCUGUAUUUAUGUGACUAAAAAUACAGUGAAACUGUAAUAUUGUGGUAUAUUAAAAUAAAAUAUUGUUUUCUAUUUUAAUAUAUUCUAAAAAGUAACUUAUUCUUGUGGUGGCAAAGCUGAAUUUUCAGUAGCCAAUACUCCAGUCUUCAGUGUCACAUGAUUUUGAACAUUUGAACAGUAAUGUUAUUUUCACACGUAUUCUCCAUGCAGACUUUGUUUUGCACUAUUUUCCCGCCUUUAAGUUCAUCUGUUGUCACAGUCACUGAUUUGAUGGUGUUAUGUUCAGAUGUGUGCCCUCAUCACCAUCUCUAUUUAAGUUUAUGCCUUUUCAGUUUUUGUUGUCCAACCUUGUCUAUGCUCAGCCUAGCAGUGUAUGAGUUAUCCUGUAUUUUUUGUAUCUGCCUGAGAGUUAUUAUAU